UUGUUCCUUUUAUCACUACAGUCCCUUUACGAAAAUAAAAUGUGACAUCUUAUAAUUCAGUUUUGAAGAAUAUUGUUGGGGCACUAGCACAAAACACGGCCUACUUGGGCUUCUCAAAUCAACAAGCACUUGUAGCCCACCCCGCAGAAAUCCCAAGAAAAGGAUACCUACAUCUCUUGUCUCUGCCAUAACUUUCAGCUGUGUUUUGCCGUUCCUACCAUCAUGCGAUUAGGUGAAGUUCGCGUAGCCGACGACCACGAUUUCGAGGAGCUGUCUUACGCGGUUGAUAAUCUGGAUGGCUGGAAGCUCGAGUACUUUCACGCACCCAGUAAGGUAUGGGUCAAGCACUCCGACAACACAGACUUCCACAUGAUCAAGGUGAAGACAAUGUUCAGCGACGUGGAUGCAGCCUGUGUUUACGACGUUCUGCACGACAACGACUAUCGGCGCACCUGGGACCGUUUCAUGCUAGCCUCCAGCUCCAUCGGCUGCCUCAACGCUAACAACGAGCUCAACUACUACGCGGCACGCUGUCCGGCGCCUAUACGCAACCGUGACCUGGUACUACUGCGCUCCUGGCUGGCCACCGAACGCGCCUACUACGUUAUGAGUCACUCGGUGUUCCACGCGCAGUACCCGCCGCGUCCCAACCUUGUGCGCGCGUUCACCCACCUCACCGGCUUCGUAGUGCGCCCCCUCAGCCCGCGCGGCUGUGAGCUGCACUACAUAACGCACACGGAGCCGGGCGGUCGGCUGCCCGCCUGGCUGACGAACCGUGUGACGCAGAACCUGGCGCCGCGCCUGCUCCGCCGGCUCCAUUGCGCCGCGCUCGCCUACCCCGCCUGGAAGCGCAAGCACGACACCGUGCAGAAGCCGUGGCUGUUCCCGGAGCAGAUGAGCUCGGUGCGCGUAGACUUAAGCCUCUGUCGCCGGAGCCCCCUGGAGGAGAGCGAGCCACCUCCAGAUGAGUCGGCCGCCAAGGUGGAGGACCGCAUAGCGGAGAACUACUUCAAUCUCGUUGAUCGGUAG